CGUCUGUCCUGCUGAUGUGUGAGAGGCAACAGGAACACGAACACAACCCCUGCAGAAGGCUUAACUGUACUGUAAUGAUUCUGAGCCAAUGUAACAGAGCCUUAUGCCAAGUCCUCCGCCAUCAUCAUGUUUUCAUCUUUGCAGGGGGAGGGAGGUUUGACUACGAGGCAAAGUGGGGGGGAAGCACACACACGCUGGGCCUAGUUGCCACAUCUUUUCAUGCGAAGAAGCUGCGCCGCUAAACAAACCGUUUUUGGUUUCCUAAAACCACUCGGGCCCGGGCCUCAGUCCGCGGUCUAGAGUUUGACAGCAAGCCGUUUGAUACGGCAGUUUGCUCGGUUUGUGUCUGUCGGCUAGCCCCGGUUGCCUGAGCACCAUCAUGGGAGACAGUCGAGAUUCCCACAGUCCAGACAGUUCGUCUGCCUCCUCCCCUCCGUCGGGGCAGCGCUCGCCUCCGCUGGGUCCCUCAGCUGCAGCUUCCAUGACCUCCCUGCCUCCCAUCACCACCUCUCGGGUCAACAGCCCCAUUAGUAGCAUCGGCUCCCCCUUUUCUGUCAUCAGCUCUUCACUUGGCUCGCCCUGCCUACCUGGCACGCCAUCAGUGGGCUAUGGCCCCAUCAGCAGCCCACAGAUCAACUCAACAGUGUCCAUGUCGGGGCUUCACGCUGUGAGCAGCUCCGAUGACGUGAAACCUCCGUUGGGCCUGAAGCAGCUGUCGGCCCACAGCCCUGGGCCCAUGCUUUCCCAGAAGCGCCUUUGUGCCAUCUGCGGAGACAGAUCUUCCGGAAAGCACUACGGCGUGUACAGCUGUGAGGGCUGUAAAGGCUUCUUCAAGCGCACAGUGCGCAAAGACUUGACCUACACCUGUCGGGACAAUAAAGACUGCAUGGUGGACAAGAGACAGCGGAACCGCUGCCAGUACUGCCGCUACCAGAAGUGCCUGGCCAUGGGCAUGAAGAGAGAAGUGGCCAAGAUGAACGACAGAUCUGUCCAAGAGGAGCGCCAGAGGAACAGGGAGCGAGAGGGCGAGGUGGAGUCAACAAGUGUGGUGAACGAGGAGAUGCCCGUGGAGAAGAUUCUGGAAGCGGAGGUGGCGGUGGAGCAGAAGACGGAGCUCCACGCAGACGGAGGUUCAGGUGGCAGCUCUCCCAACGAUCCGGUCACCAACAUCUGCCAGGCCGCUGACAAGCAGCUCUUCACCCUGGUGGAGUGGGCCAAGAGGAUCCCGCACUUCUCUGAGUUGGCCCUGGACGACCAGGUCAUCCUGCUACGCGCAGGCUGGAACGAACUUCUGAUCGCAUCCUUUUCCCAUCGCUCCAUCUCUGUGAAGGAUGGGAUCUUGCUGGCCACCGGCCUGCAUGUCCACAGGAACAGCGCCCACAGUGCCGGCGUUGGAGCCAUCUUUGACAGGGCGCACAAUGCCGAGGUUGGGGCCAUAUUUGACAGGGUUUUGACAGAGCUGGUAAGCAAGAUGAGAGACAUGCAGAUGGACAAGACGGAGCUUGGCUGCCUUCGAGCCAUCAUCCUCUUCAACCCAGAUGCCAAGGGUCUGUCCAGCCCCGGCGAGGUGGAGCUGCUGAGAGAGAGGGUGUACGCGUCCCUGGAGUCCUACUGCAAACAGAAAUACCCCGAUCAGCUGGGCAGGUUUGCGAAGCUCCUCCUCCGGCUCCCGGCGCUGCGCUCCAUUGGUCUAAAGUGUCUGGAGCACCUGUUCUUCUUCAAACUGAUUGGCGACACGCCCAUCGACACCUUCCUGAUGGAGAUGCUGGAGGCCCCCCACCAGCUCACCUAGAGGAGGUCGAGUCGGGAUCCGAUGCACACCAGGAUGGGGGGCGUUGGCUCGCUGGCCCUCUAAACUGCAGCAUCUGCUGGUUUUAAUGUACCAGCACGCGUACACGUAUUCCAUGUCACUGGCUAAUUAUCAUAACGCGCACUCGCAGAUCUUAACUUGCACACAUGAAUUGACACGCAACAGAACUAACACAUGGAUAAUAUGGCUCUGGAUGAACUGUACGCUCAUACACACACACUCACACUCACACACACACACCAUCUUUUCCGCUACUUGUUUUGUUGGGAUUUAAACAAUACAACCCCUGUUCACACAUGUACAGGUCACCUCUUAACCACCAGUUAGCUUUUAGUACUCACAUCUCACAUCAGUUCUUAACUUGGGUGACUUGGUUUCACUGCCAGCUGCACCUCUGGAUUAUAUCGAUCACCCCCGGUUACUUAUUCAUGAAUGGUUUUAGCUUCAAAUUGGGUUGCAUCGUUAGUCCGUCAUCAAAUGAACUCAAAUGUUAUUGGUCAGAAGGAGUCCUGGAGUGGACAUGCAGACCCACUCAGCCAAUCUCCGAGACAUUGAAACAUUUUCUGCUUUUUUUAGGGGGGGUAAUCAUGCUGAAACUGUGCUCAUGAAAUGAGAGCUUUUCCCAAGGCAUUGAAAUCCAGGAAACGGGGAGUGGGAGCACUUUGCUGAACAGAUGGACGUUGUCCCUCCCAGCCUGAUGCGCACAAACAGGCUUCGUGAGACAGAAGAAUGACUUGAAUUUUACCUAGUUUUGAUUUCACCCUCUUGUGACAGUUGGUUGGCAUUUUAAACAGCUCAGAGUCUUACAGGUAGCAGGAAGUUUCAGUCAAGAAGAACAUUUUAGUUGUCUUUCGCUUCAAAAUCCUCCCUUUGCUGGUGGUCAUUUAUGCACUUUUGUUGUAACUGUGUAAAUGUUUCCUAGAAAUGACCAUUGAUUCUCAGACACCUUAGAUGCCCUUGAAGCUAUUGUCAUUAUUGCGUUGUUGUCCAAUCAUUCGCUACACGACUGGCCACUUCCUGUGCGGCUGACCACCAGGAUGUCCAGCCCCUAUUUGCACUCUUCUUUGGGCAACAAAAAAACGCUAAAAUGAUUCUAUCAUCGAUCAAUAUUAAAUUUGGCUCCUCUGCGGCCUCAGCAGGCUGCGUCCAGCUUGACAGACAGGAACCAGGGAUUGAGCCACUUGCAGGUGGUGUUACGGUAACGCAAUGAUUACAAUGCUGAAUAAUGUAAAUCCUACACCUACUACCUGCAGCUCUGGGAACCUGCACUCCGGGUGCAUCGGCUCGAUGCUUGUGGUCAGUAGACGGUCAGGGAGUCCUGCUAACAGAUGCCUGUUCACACUCAAUGUGACAAUGUGAAACGUGUGGCUCCAACAAGUGCAUCUGCAUGUUUGUCUUGGCUGUCGGUUCAGACUGGGACGGGCCUCCUGUGUGAGGUCAUCAAGGAGCCGGGGCCGGACCGCGCCGACCUGUGCCGAUGUUCCCUGUCGCUCUCUGUGACCCUUUGGCUGGCUGACUGUGACCUUUACUGUGAUUGAACAUUUUGGGCGGCUGAAUCUGAGCAUUGACGAGGAAAGUCAAGUUUAGGUAGCACAGAAAGAAAUCCAGAUUCUCAAUUAGUCGACGUGCUGAAAGGGGAGCAGUACUGGCAUGCACAGAGAUUUCUGACGUGCUUAUUUAGUAUUUAAAAGAGCUCGGCGGUUCCGAGGUGUAUUUAGUUACUAGCCAUGAGAAUCGUACAUUCUGCAGUGUCAUUCUACGGGAAAGAGGCACAGCUGUCCUCUACCAGGUGCUAAAUAACAAAUAUAGUUCAAGACUUGCACAUUUACAUCAAUGCAAACCUUAUGCAAGUACUCCGACAAAUCCGUCAGCCAUUCCCCACAUCCAACAGGUGUGCUGAAGAUGUAGAAUCCCCCUGGUCCCCUCCGAUGGGAGAGGAACCAGCUGUGCUGGUGCAUUCUGGCGCUGUGUGAUCAGUGUUGGUGCUCCUCCAGACACAGCCACUGUUUGUUUUUGUAUUUCAGAGAGCACUUAGGCAACGAAAGCAGCUGUUUGACCACAGCCAGCAACGCGCUUCCUGCCCUGCAGAUAGUCCAAAUACUUCUCACAGAUACGAGCCGUGGCCUCCCCCCAUGUGAUGCGGACUCGGAGGCUGACCGUUAGAUGGCCUGUCAGACAGGUGGUUUUGUUUAACGUGUCAGUGCGGUGGUCUAACCUUAAGACUUUGGUGGUGUUGUAGUUUUGUUUUUUCUCCAUGAGGAGAGAAGUGUGCCCUGGUGGGGGCUAGUGAAGAGCAUCCUGAUGUGAGAAGGUCCCUCAGAGAGAAGACGUUUCUGUGGAGCUUCCUGUGCUGAAUGUCUAAGCUCAACCAGCCGAGUGCUGGAGGGAAGAAGAAAUACCAGUGUGGUACUGGUACACCAAUCAAAACAAAAGGAUAUGCAGCUUGUUUAUUCAUAUUGUGGUAAACAGUUGCACAUUGUUGUUGUGUUUUAGCGAAGUCUGUUACAAGUCGACAUGAAUUGUCAGUGAGAAUAUUCAGAAUUCCAAUUCCUCCAACUGAUGGCCAAUGAUGGACACUGUGCUCUGAGCUUAGGUCCUUUAGUGGAGGAUAAACAGACGUUGAUGAUGUUUUAGCGCCGCCUGGUGGUUGGUGGGUGCCAUUUUGAGCAUUUAUUGUAGUGUGUGUGUGUGUGUGUGUGUGUGUGUGUGUGUGGCCACAUGAAGCUUUCAUGAACAUGUUUGCAGCUCCUGUAGCUUUGGUGCUGGCCUCCUCCAGUGCUUCACCUUAAACUCAACAAACGCUCAGCUUUAGGACGGACCUGGAAAAAGAAUCCUGGACUGUUUGAAAAAGGAUGUAAAGCUCUUUUUUUUUUUCUGAUCAUUGGAGAGGCGCGAGGAAGCGAUUGGGCCAACGGGUCGCUCUCUGCGGACGUGAGUCGCAGCACGCCGCCCACAAACGUUUGGCGACUGAGCACUCGAGGCCGACGCACGCCGUGACCUCUCGAACGCGCAGCAGUAUUUAUUGUUGCCAUCUUUGUUACAUUUUGAAAUGAGUAGCGUUCUUUUGUUGGUUGCUAUGGGAUACAGGCUGUGACUGACUAAUCAACCAUUGCGUAGAGACACCUAUCGACACAGAGCCCGUCCCGCCUUGAAGCCAGCGCCCAGCGGCCAGUGGAUGCUGGCGGAUGUGGCUGCUUUGGUUCCAUCAACACGGGGAAACGCAGCCCUGCUCCUCCGUGCGUUUGUCCCAGUCACGCGUCGCCAAACAGUCCGAAUUUGUGGCACCAAUUCAGACACAGCGCAAAAUGUCGGCAGAAUCCACAGGCCCAGUUUACGAAGUAUCUGGUGGGAUUGGAUGAAUUGGAGGGGAGGUCAACCGAUCGCUCGCUUUAAAGAGCUGUUCAUUCAUAGUUUCUUUUUUUUUUUUUGAGUAAACGCUGUGAGAGAGAAGCGAUGGAGAAUGAAAGAGGAGCAGGGACUUUGAUUUGCUGAACAAGAAAAAGAGAAAAAACUAUUUCCCUGGUCCAACUACAAUCUUUACUCUUCAUCCUGGAAAAGCCCACACACCGUUUGUUGGUCUUUGUUUCCCGUCUCCCUCUUCACCAACGACGCUGUUCUUCUUUUGUUUUUUACAAAGUAUUAAACAUGUUCAUGAGGUGUAAAAUCCCAAUUGAUUCUGCCACUCUGUGUCCUGUCUGUAUCCCUCUCCAUCAUCAUGGAGCCCAUCGACUUUGUGUGCUUCAGGGAUUGAAAGAAAAAAAGAGAAGAGGUACUUUUAUCAGUGAUUAUUUCUGCAUCCUGUUUCUCCUUGUUGUGUCCUGUCUGAGUAAAGUUUUUAAUACUGUA